AUGAUUUAUAACACCAAGUCACAAUGUAACGCUUCAGUAGCUCAUCGUUUCCCAGAGGUUUUCGCAAUUCCUAUAGGCUGUUUCGAUGUCAUAUGGGUACCGUUUAGUUUAGUUUCGCUAUUUGGGUGGGUGGAAGGCCAUGGAAAGGGGAAGAAGAGGAAGAAGAAAAGCGGAAGGCGUCUGGGGUAUAGUGAAGCGGAUAUAAAAAUUCAUUAG